UUGAACAGUUGCUUUUUCCUCUCACACAAAGGAGAUCUCAUUUUGUUUGAGACUGGAUAUAGUUGAAAUCAAACCACACACCAAGAGGGUAUGAUGGAUAAGAAGCCCCCAAAACCAGCUCCUCGCAGGAUCUUCCAAGAAAGGUUAAAGAUUACUGCUCUACCUUUGUACUUUGAAGGUUUUUUGUUAGUCAAGAGGUCAGAAUGCCAGGAGUAUAAACAUUACUGGACAGAGUUGAGAGGAACUACACUUUUUUUUUAUUCUGACAAAAAAAGUCCAACAUAUGUUGACAAGUUAGACAUAAUAGACCUCACAUGCCUUACUGACCAGAAUUCAACCGAAAAGAAUUGCGCAAAAUUCACCCUUGUUUUACCAAAAGAGGAAGUGCAACUGAAGACAGAAAACGCAGAAAGUGGGGAAGAGUGGAGAGGCUUCAUUCUUACAGUAACAGAGCUGUCAGUUCCCCUACACGUGUCACUCCUUCCUGGGCAAGUAAUUCGACUGCAAGAAGUCCUAGAGAGAGAGAAAAGGAGGAGGAUUGAGACAGAGCGGAUACCGAGUUCAGCUAUAGAAAAGGAGCAGGAACCUACUGAAGAUUAUGUGGAUGUACUGAACCCUAUGCCAGUAUGUUUUUAUGCGGUGUCCCGGAAAGAAGCCAUCGAGAUGCUUGAGAAGAACCCUUCUUUGGGAAAUAUGAUCCUGAGGCCUGGUAGUGACAGCAAAAACUAUUCCAUCACUAUCCGGCAGGGGAUAGACAUGCCAAGAAUCAAGCACUACAAAGUGAUGAGUGUAGGAAAAAACUACACCAUUGAACUGGAAAAACCUGUAACGCUCCCAAACCUGUUCAGCGUCAUUGAUUAUUUCAUGAAGGAGACUCGAGGAAAUUUACGACCAUUUAUAUAUUCAACUGAUGAACGCCUUGGCUGAGAACCCAUCAAAGAAGGGAGAAGAAAAAGGUAGGAGAAAAAUCUACAUAUUGCAUGAAAUAAAAUAGGAAAAGCACCUUUAUGUAUCUUGAUAACUUAUUAUUUUUAAAAGGAAGAUCUUGCUUGUAAAGAAAAUUACUUCUAUUUUCCUGAUCUUGAUUACCAAGUCACUUACCUGAAUACCAGAAUUCAUUAUCUGAAUACAAUUUCAUGAUCUUACCUGAAUGAAACCAAUUUACUGGGAAACCAUACAAAAUGGCUGUGAGAAUAACUCAUAGAUAUACACAGUCCAUGCAAUGAUAUAAGUUGGAAACAUAUGGUUCUUUCUCAAGGAAAUUUUUAUUUUCCUAGGCUUCAAUUAGGUACAUUUUCCUCUACACGAUUUUCCCUAGCAGAUUUUCUAGUUCUCCUAAAUUCUAGCCAAUUCCAAAAAAGCCUCACUAGGUUUGGUUGAAAUCUGAUUUGAUCAACUUAUCAAAUACAUUCUGAGUAGUUAGAAACCAGAGACAUGAAACAUACUAGAAGUUCUUUCCUAAUGGAAAAACUCCAUUCUAUUUUCUCUUACUGGAAAUAAAUAAAAUUUAUCAAUUUUCAUGUUUUCCCCCAUGUUGUCUUUUUUGCUAGCUUAAAAUCAACCCACACUUCCUUCUGUAAAAAUAUUAAUCUACAAAGAUGGCAAAAGGCUAUGUAAUCACCCAUUUCACAAGUAUGACACAGUAGGAGACUGAUUAUAAUCCGAAUUCCUUAAAAAUACUAACUCUUCAGCCCCAUACUAAUCUACUGAAUCAAAAUCUCAGGAAUAUUUUUUAAUUAUUUUUUUCCCUUGAAAAAUAAGCUUAUGUGAGAAAACUUAUUAGGAAGACAAUGUGAGAUGCAAGGAGAAGAUGACCAUCUACAAGCCAAUGAAGCCUCAGAAAAAAGCAACUCUGCUGACACCCUGAUCAGUCUAAGCCUCCAGAAGUGUGAGAAAAUAAAUUUCUGUUGUUAAAGCCACUUAGUCUGUGGUAUUUGUUACAGAACCCUAGCAAACCAAUUAUAUAGGAUUCCUGAAAAUAGGCAGAAUCCUAAGCCUCCUUAACCUUACAGAGUUAAUUUCUAGAAGUUGUUGGCCCAGAAAUCUGCCUUUUAAUCACACACCACAAUAAAGUCUGCUUUAUACAA